AUUGUCAUCAGCCUUGCACAUGCACAUGUCUGAUUUGUUUACGUAUUCCUCCAUUCUUGUUUCCACUGUUUCGAUACGGGAAAUAGCCUUAAAAUGUCUACGAAAAUGAAUAAAGUACAACUUUCGAAGGGUAUUUUGCAGAUGAAAUUUAUGUCGCGGACGAAGGAAAAAUUAGACAAAGAAGCAGACAAUGAACGAGGCCGUGCACUGUAUGCAAGUGAAAUUACGGAUAAAAUGUUAUCAGAAACUGUAAAAUAUGUAAUAGAGCCUAGCUACGUGCCAUGUGAAAAUCUGAUCGAAGGCCGUAUCAGCUACGGUGGCAUGAAUCCCGAAAUAGAGCGAAUUAUUGAAAUCGAAUCCGGAGUAGACGUCGCGAAACGUGAGCGAGAGGAAGCCGCCAAGAAAGCUAAGAUGGAAACAGACGUUCCCGAUGCGGAGAUGGCCCAGUUCUACUCCAGUGUAAUGCACUCAAUGAAUAAGAAGUAUGAUACCCAUAAAAAAAGGCUGCAGCAUCCACUACCGUUAAACAUAAAACGUUCAACUUGAGUUGUUUAAUAAAUUAAUUACUUUAUUGUGAUUCACGUAUUGCUUCUACAAUAAGUAGGUGUAUUAAAUUUAAAUCAAACAUGUGAAA